AUGGACCCCUCAUUUUCUCAAAACCCCUCUCCUGACUCCCCAAGACCGACCCAGAAUCCGCCCACCGGUUCGCGGGCCAGUCUGAGCCAUCGACCGGCCAGUCGGAAGCAAAGCUCAGACUCUACAUCCAAUAAUAGGAAUGCCCCCAUCCCAGAUGAUGAACAUGGGGCUGAUAUGCCCUUGACCAUGUCUGCUUCGGUGGUGCUAACCAGCCUACCGCGUGAUGCCCAUCAAGCACUGGCAGAUGCCGAGGCCGUUGAUAAGGGGAAAGUUACAGUCCGCUUCCAACCUCUGGCUUCAGCGCCCAUACUGAAAAACAAAGUUUUCAAAAUCAGUGCCUCCCAGAAGUUUGAGACUGUAGUCAAGUUCCUCAGAAAGAAGCUAGACUGCAAAGAGACGGACUCUGUCUUCUGUUAUGUCAAUAGCGUCUUUGCGCCGGGGCUGGAUGAGGGUGUUGGAGGCUUGUGGAGAUGCUUUAAAGUUGAUGACCAAUUGAUUGUCUCAUACUCCAUGACGCCUGCGUUUGGGUGA